CCGGCGGGAGGUUUGAAAUGGCGGACGCGGUGCCGAGAUCGCACCGGGGCGGGGGCUGAGGGCGGACAUGGCCACCAAGCGCCUGGCCAGGCAGCUGGGGCUGGCGCGGAGCAGUGCGCGGGCGCGGAGCGGCGCGCAGGCGGCGGCGGCGGCGGGGCAGCGCUUCGGCUACCUGAUCGUCGUGGUCUUUGAGGCCACGUGCUGGCGGGGCGCGGGGCGCGGCAGCCCCGAGAUCAUUGAAUUUCCAGCAGUCCUGUUAAACGCCUCAACGGGGGAGACUGAAUCUGAAUUCCACACAUAUGUCCAGCCUCAGGAGCAUCCUAUUCUCUCCGAAUUUUGUACAGAGCUAACCGGCAUAACGCAGAACCAAGUUGAUGAAGGGGUCCCUCUAAACAUUUGUUUAUCGCAGUUUUUGAAAUGGAUUCAAAAGAUACAAAAGGAGAAGAAAAUUAUAUUCAGUACAGAUAUUCUAAGUAAUUCUACUUCAGAAGCAAAAGCAUGUACCUUUGUUACUUGGACAGACUGGGACCUGGGUGUGUGUUUGCAGUAUGAGUGUAAAAGGAAGCAGCUGCGAAAACCUGACAUUUUAAAUUCCUGGAUUGAUCUCAAAGCAACAUACAGGGCCUUCUAUAAUAGGAAGCCUAAAGGACUAAAAGGUGCUUUGCAGGAUUUGGGGAUAGCUUUUGCAGGACGGGAACAUUCUGGGUUGGAUGAUUCUCGGAAUACUGCCCGUCUUGCUUGGAGGCUGAUUUGCGAUGGUUGUGUGCUGAAGGUUACUAAAUCUUUGGAUAAGGCACAUCCGAAUAGUAAUUUAAUUUCCAGAACACUGAACUUCACUGACAAGACUCCACUGGGAAUUAACUGCAGACCUGAAACAUCUAGAGAUGGAACCUGCAAAACAAACUCUCUGGCUGAGGAAAAACAGAACGGUAUUGCUGGAAUUAAGAUAAAUUCUAAUGUACAAACUGAAGAACAACAGAUCAAUUCCGUUGAUUCCUCUGCAGAUGUCCAUGUUGUACCUAGCAGCAGCUCAAGGGCUGAGUUACAUGCUCAAGCCCAAAGCUCUUCAACAGCAUCUACUAACAGACCUCCUGUUCCUCUUGAGCAGGCACAGCAACCUCCCAGUACUCUCGCAACAGGCAUUCGGCAAGGACUGGGCAGUGGGCAACAUCUGAGUAGAGCCAGAUCUGGCCCUCCAGCACACGGAUCAGGACUAGUGCUCGUCUCCACUACCAUCUCCUCAGUUAAUAUCUCCAAUGAGGAUAUGAGUACUAGUUCUGAUUGCUUAUCUCUGCUGACUGACUGGGAAGAUGUUGCUUUAAUACCAGAAUCUCAAUAUGAACAAAAUUCAGACCAUGUUCAACUCAAAGUUGACUCAAGUACAGAUGUUAUAACAGUGUUUGAAAAGAAAACAAUUUCAAAACAAUUGGCUGUAGUGAGUUCAGAUAAUCAAAGUUUGGAAAAAACUGUAAUACCUGUGGAACCUCUGAAAUCUAUCAUUUACAAAAGUCCUGAUACUACUAUCUAUAAUGUAGCAGCAGUACAAAGGCAGACUUCAGAUUUUAAAGCUUUGAAGUUACCGUCUGUAAAGGUAAAUGCACAAUCAGCAUUAACUGGAAAUUAUCCUACUCCUUUGGAGGUUCCUAAAAGAAAGCCAACUAGUCCAAAAAUGUUCCCACCAGCAAAAAAACAAUCUUUUGCUAUAUAUCAAGAGAAAACUGCAUCUUUUGAUUGCUCCUUACCUUUAAGAAGUUCCAAUCUGCCCAAAGUGUCUCCUGACAUUCUGAACUCCACAUUCAAUUUGAAUCAGUCUGUAAGAGCUGUGAAAAACGGAAAACCAACUCCCCCUCUGUGUAACUGCGGUCGAAGAGCUAAAAAACUGUAUGUGUCAAAUGCUGGUCCAAAUCAUGGUAAAGCAUUUUUUUGUUGUCCUGUUGGCAAGCAUGAAGGUAACAAGAAAGGCUGUGGAUAUUUCAAGUGGGAAUAUGUGCUUCUGAAAGAGAAAUCUAACUAUCUAACCCUGAAUGCAGAGGCUUUGACCUCUCUUGGAACUUAUGCUAGUAAUUUGGGCAAUUCUUCCAACAAAAAAUACUUGUGUCUUAGACCCUCUAUGAGAACUUGAAAAUUUAUAUAUUUUGUUUUUUGUCUGAAACUUAAACUCAGUUGAUCAUGUUUAAUAUAAUCAGGACAGUCAAAUGAUGUUGGAUAUUUGUUCUGAGAAUGAGACAAAAAUUACAUUGCUUGGUUAACAGAUAAACACAAAUUGCUCAAGCAUACAAAAAUAUCAAUAUAUCCUAAAGUAUCAUUAAUGAAGUGUGAGAGAAUGGAUAAAACUAAGAAGUGCUAAAAUUAAAGUUUGGGCAACUGUU